AUGUCUAUGUCCAUGUCAUUGUCCGUGUCCGUGUUCGUAUCAUUGUCCGUGUAUGUGUCCAUGUCAUUGUCCGUGUCUGUGUCCAUGUCAUUAUCCGUGUCCGUGUCCAUGUCAUUAUCCGUGUCCGUGUCCAUGUCAUUAUCCGUGUCCGUGUCCAUGUCAUUAUCCGUGUCCGUGUCCAUGUCAUUAUCCGUGUCCGUGUCCAUGUCAUUAUCCGUGUCCGUGUCCAUGUCACUAUCCGUGUCCGUGUCCAUGUCAUUAUCCGUGUCCGUGUCGUGGCCCGUGUCCGUGUCCCUCAGCCCCCUCCUACACCCCCACCACCCUACACCCCCAUCACCCUACACCCCCACCACCCUACACCCCCACCACCCUGCACCCCCAUCACCCUACACCCCCACCACCCUGCACCCCAAUCACCCUACACCCCCACCACCCUACACGCCCACCGCCCUGCACCCACCAUCCUGCACCCCCACCACCCUACACCCCCACCACCCUACACGCCCAUCGCCCUGCACCCCACCGCCCUGCACCCCACCACCCUGCACCCCCACCACCCUACACGCCCACCACCCUACACCCCCACCACCCUACACGCCCACCACUCUACACCCCCACCACCCUACACGCCCACCACUCUACACGCCCACCGCCCUGCACUCCACCACUCUACACCCCCACCACCCUACACGCCCACCACUCUACACCCCCACCACCCUACACGCCCACCACUCUACACCCCCUCCACCCUACACGCCCACCACUCUACACGCCCACCGCCCUGCACUCCACCACCCUGCACCCCCACCACCCUACACCCCCACCACUCUACACGCCCACCACUCUACACCCCCACCACCCUACACGCCCACCACUCUACACCCCCACCACCCUACACGCCCACCGCCCUGCACUCCACCACCCUGCACUCCCACCACCCUACACCCCCACCACCCUGCACCCCCACCACCCUACACGCCCACCACUCUACACCCCCACCACCCUACACGCCCACCGCCCUGCACUCCACCACCCUGCACUCCCACCACCCUACACCCCCACCACUCUACACCCCAACCACCCUACACCCCCACCACCCUGCACCCCAACCACCCUACAUCCCCACACCCUACACGCCCACCACCCUACACCCCAUCACCCUACACCCCCAUCACCCUACACACACCACCGCCCUACAACCCCACCGCCCUAUACGCCCACCACCCUACAUCCCAACCGCCCUUCACCCCCCCACCCUGUACCCCCCUACACCCCCACCACCCUACAUCCCCACACCCUACACGCCCACCACCCUACACCCCCAUCACCCUACACACUCCACCGCCCUACAACCCCACCGCCCUACACGCCCACCACCCUAGACCCCCAUCGCCCUACACCCCCACCGCCCUACACCCCACCACCCUACACCCCCACCGCCCUACACCCCCACCACCCUACACCCCCACCGCCCUACAUCCCCACCACCCUACAUCCCAACAUCCCUACACCCCCACCGCCCUACACCCCCACCGCCCUACACCCCCACCACCCUACAUCCCCACCGCCCUACACCCCCACCGCCCUACACCCCAACAUCCCUACACCCCACCACCCUACACCCCCAUCGCCCUACACCCCCACCGCCCUACACCCCAACAUCCCUACACCCCACCACCCUACAUCCCCACCGCCCUACACGCCCACCACCCUAGACCCCCAUCGCCCUACACCCCCACCGCCCUACACCCCACCACCCUACACCCCCACCGCCCUACACCCCCACCACCCUACACCCCCACCGCCCUACAUCCCCACCGCCCUACACCCCAACAUCCCUACACCCCACCACCCUACACCCCCAUCGCCCUACACCCCCACCGCCCUACACCCCACGACCCUAGACCCCACCACCCUACAUCCCCACCGCCCUACACGCACACCACCCUAGACCCCCAUCGCCCUACACCCCCACCGCCCUACACCCCACCACCCUACACCCCCACCGCCCUACACCCCCACCGCCCUACACCCCCACCACCCUACACCCCCACCACCCUACACGCCCACCGCCCUACACCCCCACCACCCUACACCCCCACCGCCCUACACCCCAACCACCCUACAUCCCCACCACCCUACACCCCCACCGCCCUACACCCCCACCACCCUACAUCCCCACCGCCCUACACCCCCACCGCCCUACACCCCAACAUCCCUACACCCCACCACCCUACAUCCCCACCGCCCUACACCCCCACCACCCUACAUCCCCACCGCCCUACACCCCCACCGCCCUACACCCCAACAUCCCUACACCCCACCACCCUACAUCCCCACCGCCCUACACCCCCACCACCCUACACCCCCACCGCCCUACACCCCCACCGCCCUACACCCCAACAUCCCUACACCCCACCACCCUACAUCCCCACCGCCCUACACCCCCACCGCCCUACACCCCAACAUCCCUACACCCCACCACCCUACAUCCCCACCGCCCUACACCCCCACCGCCCUACACCCCAACAUCCCUACACCCCACCACCCUACACCCCCACCGCCCUACACCCCCACCGCCCUACAGCACCAUCACCCCGCACGCCCACCACCCAACAUCCCCACCCCUCUACACCCCCACCCCCUACACCCCUACACCCCCACAACCCUACACCCCCACCACCCUGCACCCCGCCUCAUCCCCAUCUUAAACACUACCGUUAUCCACCUACCCGGAUUGCCCUACCUUUCUUUCGCCGUGAAAGUCUGGAAAAAUGGCAUCUCGAAAUCCCUUUAAUUGUCCGUAAUAUCCCCUCUCCAUAA